AUGCUGUCCAGAGAUACUGACAAGACAGUCUCCUCAGUGAGCUCAGACGUGACCAUCGUGGACUGGGAUGGACCGGACGAUCCAGAAAACCCACUGAACUGGUCCAAGGCGAGAAAAUGGCUCAUCACCUGCGUCUCGCUGCUCAUGACGUUUGUUGCGCUCAUGAACGGCACUAUCAUCACCGUCGCCCAUGAAGCCAUCAACGAGCGAUUUGGGAUCAGCGAUGCCAGCUUUCCGCAUUCGUAUUGGCCCGUGACCUCCUGGGCUCUGGGAGGCGUCUUCUUCUCUCUGCUCAUCCUCCCCAUCAUGGAGGACUUUGGCAUCCGACGCACCUUCCUCUUGACGCAUCUGCUGCUGAUCCUCUUUGUCAUUCCCCAAGGCGUGGCGCAGAACUUUGCGACACUCGUCGUCACGCGUUUCUUCGCCGGCGGCUGCGUCACUGUCAUCGGCAACAGUGCUGCCAGCGUAAUCGGGAAUGUCUGGGCGACAGAGAAGCAGCGCAGUAAGCCCGUCAGUCUCUGGAUUUGGGCCUAUCUGGCGGGAAGCAGCGUGGGCCCGGUGAUUGGAGCGUCCAUCUUCCAAUUUCUGUCCUGGAGAUGGAUCUCUUACCUGCAGUUGAUCUGGUAUGGGGUGUUGUUCCCGAUCAACUUUUUGGUUUUCAAGGAAUCGCGCGCUGCGAUCAUCCUGCACCAGCGUGCGAAGAGGUUGCGCGCCAAAGGCCAGAAUGCGUAUACUCGCCAGGAACUCGAGGCCGAGCCGCUGCGACAGCUGCUGGUCACGAGCAUCCAGCGGCCCCUCAAAAUGCUGGUCACCGAGUAUGUGGUGUUCUUCUCGACGCUGUGGUCGGCCUUUACCGUCGGCACGCUGUACCUCUUCACCCAGUCCGUCGAGCAGGUGUUUGUGGGUUUGUAUGGCUGGGGUCCAGUCGAGGCCGGAUACGUCCAGGCCGCCAUUGUGAUUGGAGAAGUCGCCGGGUGGUUCUUCUCCAUUCCCUCCGCGAAGCUAUACUUUUCUUCUGCCCGUCGCAAUGCCGAGAUGCCUGGUCUCCCGAUCCCUGAAGCACGGCUGUACCUCUCUGUGGCCGGCAGCGUGGUUGGCAUUUCCGGAGGCAUGUUCGUGUACGCGUGGACCUCGUAUCCGACUCUGCCGUGGAUCGCCCCUGCGGUGGGACUGUUCAUGGUAGGGGCAGGGAGUGUCGUGGUGGUCGCUGGACUGGCGGAUUACAUUGUGGAUGCGUACAGCCAGUACGCCGGCAGUGUCAUGGCGUGUUUCGUGCUAGGCGAGAAUACCUUUUCGGCGUUUCUGCCGUUGGCGGCCAUGAGCAUGUAUAACACACUGGGGUUCCAGUGGGCCAGUACGCUGCUGGCGUUUAUCAGCUUGUCUCUGGUACUCGCCCCGAUUGCUUUUAUUGUUUGGGGCAGAAGAGUGCGCGAAAAGAGUCCGUAUAUGCGAGAGGUGAUCAAGGAGAAGAGGAUGCAGGCUGGCUUACAGUGA